GGCGGGGAUACGAUCAGAACGAAGGUAGACGUGCUGCUGAACGGGUGUUCAGUUCACAACAGUUCGUUACAACGGUAAAGGGCGAACGUGGGGAACAAACGAGCCUAACGGUGGCGCGAGAAACCUAGUGUGGUGUGCAAUUGUACGAGGUAAACGAAAUGUUCGAUGUCAUAAUCGAGUAUAGAACAUGAGGGUAAAUAUUUCGCGCAUCUAAAGACACGGUGAUCCUAUGGAUGUGCGCGCGCGAUACGACGUAAUUGCCUGGUGAAUAGCGUAUUCGAAUUAUGGUGAAUAUGGAAAGUUCAGGCGAGCAGCACACCGUGACAGCUUCACCGCUGCCACGGGCUGCUCCGAAGAGCAAUUUUCUAUCUAUUCGUCAUAUCAUACCCGAAGCUUGCGCCGGGACACCCGCGCCGUCGGUGAGUCAUUCGGAUUCUUCCGAUACCGGUCACGUUGAUGAUAGCGACAGCGAUCUUGACGUUACUGGUGACGUUAAUGGUACGGAAACGCCGCCUUUGGAUUGUUCUACUAAUACAACGUCCUCCAGUCCAAAUGAAAAAGAUUCGAAGGAGCAAACGGAAGACAAGAAGAAGGCGGAGAAACCACCAUACAGUUACAACGCGUUGAUCAUGAUGGCCAUUCGACAAAGUCCUGAUAAACGACUUACCUUGAAUGGCAUCUACGAGUACAUAAUGCGUCAUUUUCCCUACUAUGAGAAUAACAAACAGGGUUGGCAGAAUUCUAUUCGACAUAAUUUGUCGCUCAACAAAUGUUUCGUCAAAGUGCCCCGUCACUAUGACGAUCCGGGAAAGGGUAACUACUGGAUGUUAGAUCCAAGUUCCGAGGACGUGUUUAGGGGUACCACGGGGAAACUCCGACGCAGGACUACGGCGGCUUCCAGGUCUCGACUGGCAGCCUUCAAGAGGAGUGUAGUGCUUAAUGGACUUUAUUCGGCGCCUUAUCCACCUCCAGGGUGGCCGGCGUCGCUCUAUACUCUGCCGUGUCUCCAUCGUGCCGUCGGAUAUCCUCCGGUGACCGGUUCUUAUACAACUCCGGCUGGAUAUCCAGCUAGUCUGUUGCCUGGAGCGGCAACUGCGUCGGCCGCAGGUUUGCCCUGCAAACCGCAGCCUCUUCCAGCGACGGCGGCACCUCCGGCGGCUCACGGAGCGUUCUCCGUAGAAAGGCUGCUGCAAGCACCUACGGGUUAUCCCAGUAUUGCGGCGUCCGGACUCCCGCCACCAGGGAAUCCUUAUCAGGACUUCUACACCACCCUGAGAUCUAUUGCGGCGCAUCAGCAUCAGGCAGCGGUGUUCAAUCAACAACCUAGGUAUCAUCUCAGUCAAACGCCGGUUCUAAGUCAGCCUGCCUCUAGCACGGCUUCGCCCGGAAGUAGCCCGGAGCCGAUGGCUCCGCAUUCGCCGCCGGUUACCAUCUGUAACUCCGUCCAACCGCCAAGACCACUUACUCACAAUGCGCAGCAGAUUAUUUUAAAGCCCAUCACGGUCCUCACCGGCCGACAAAGCUGAAUCGCAAUUCGAGACUUUUUCAGAAAUGACCAUCCCCCCGGGAAGCGCAGCAUAUAGUUUUGCUUUGCAUGUCAAAUUAGCGUUAUGUUUGUCAGAUUAAAUUUUUAUAAUAAUAUAAAUGUAUAGAAUGGUAGUAAUUUAAUCAA